AUGAUUCAAAUAUUCUCUGAAUAUACCCAAUUCCACCAUCACCAACAAUAUCAUCCCUCAGUGCCAUGGAAGCCCAUUGUUUCUUCUUCUCCUGUUCUGUCAGCUCAAUUUAGAGCAAAACCCCAAAUAGAAAAAUGGUUAAUUAACAGGGAUUGCUGGGGCUUUAGUAAAAAUUUCCCAAGGCAUACGCUAGCCCCUAUCGCACCGGCUUCAGUUUUAUCGAAUUCUAAUGAUAAUAAUGAUGAUUUUGUGGAAAUUAUUGAUGCCAAAACUAGUAGCAGAAGGAGUGGUGAUGGAAUGUUUGACGGGAGGAUUUCAAAAGGGUCGGGAACCACAGCUAGAGGGCGGAGAUUGCUGAAGAUUCGGGAGGAGAAGAGGAAACGCGAAUAUGAUCGUCUUCACAACUACCCUGCUUGGGCAAAGGUCCUUGAAGAUGCGUGCAAAAACGAUAAUGAGCUUCGAGCUGUUCUUGGUGAUAGCAUUGGGAACCCUGAGCUGAUGAGGAAAAGGGUUGAAGAAAGAGUUCGUACGAAGGGUCGCGAUUUUCAAAAAUCUAAAACAGGCUCUGUCCUUGCUUUCAAAGUCAGCUUUAGAGACUUCAAUCCUGUUGAUUCCUACAUAUGGUUUGAACUAUAUGGAUCACCGUCUGAUAGGGAUGUUGAUCUUCUUGGUAGUGUAAUUCAAUCAUGGUAUGUCAUGGGGCGCUUGGGCGCAUUUAAUUCAUCUAAUUUGCAGGAACUAUUCAUCUUCAGUGUAAAGAAUUGGAUUAGGGGAUCGGCAGAAAGAUAUUAUGUCGUAAACUGGCCAGAUAGAUCUGUUGUGGCAUAG